UACCGGUGACCGUUACGAAAAAAGCCAAUGCACUUGCAGCUUGGUUCAUUGGACCGAGAGCAGAAAAUCAUGAGUUAUUUAACAAACUUAUCAGCCAAACAAUCACUCAGCAUCAGCAAAAUCGUAGAAAGUACUGGCCAACGGACCCACAGUAUGUAACCAAAGAAGAAGCCUCUCUGCCUUACAGAUAUGAGAAAAAAGAACUCAAGGAAAAACUCAAAACAAUGAACAGCGAGUUGGAGCAGAGUACUCCUGUUUUCAGCGCACGUUUUCAGGGUCACAUGAACUGGGAUGUUUCAAUGCCAGCUAUUCUGGGUUAUAUUUCGGGAAUGGUAUGGAAUCCAAACAACGUGGAUGUUACAGCUUCCCCUAUUACUACACCUUAUGAAAUCCUCGCUGCUGAGCAGAUUUGUGACAUGAUUGGUUUUGAUGAUCCAGUUAUUGAGCCAUGGGGACACAUAACUUGUGGUGGGUCAAUUGCUAAUAUUGAGGCAAUGUGGGCAGCUAGAAACAUGAAAUUUUACCCUUUGAGUUUAAAAACGGCUGUAAUGAACGAGUCCGAGCUUGCUAGCGCAAGGACUUAUCAAAUCUUGGUUCCAAAAGAAGAGCACCCUAAACCUGAUGGUGACAAUGACUAUGUCAUGAGGGAGCUGCAAUUAUGCUCAAAUUGGCAGAUGCUGAAUCUUAAUACGGAUGAUGCCUGCAGCAUGGCAGAUGGAGUGGCAACGGCUACUGGUUUAUCAUUGGAUAAAAUUUCUGAACUCGCUCAUCAAUACGCUUAUACAUCCAUGGGUAUAGUUAAUUUUCAUCAGGUACAUAACAUAGCGGCGCCACACGUGUUUGUACCAGCAACAUGUCAUUAUUCGUGGCCAAAAGCAGCCACAGUUCUUGGAAUUGGCGAGGACAAUCUGAUCCAUAUUAAAGUCGAUGAACUGGCAAGACAGGAUGUAAAAGAUCUAAGAGAUCAACUUGACAAGUGCGUAUUUGGCUCCAUUCCAGUGAUCUCGGUCACAGCUGUUAUUGGUAGCACUGAGGAGAGUGCAAUAGAUCCUUUAACUGAAAUACUCGAAAUAAGAGAAGUACAAAAGAAAGGGUUUGAACUUUGCCGUGUUAGCAGAUGCUGCUUGGGAGCAUACAUGAGAACCAUUCUUAUAGAUCCUGAUGAUCCUGCGGUUCAAAGGAUUGCACAGAGAAGAAAGAAAGCAACUAACCCUAUUGCACCUCUUAGCCAAUAUGCAAUAGACAAUUUGAAUGCUAUGAAGCUUGCUGAUACUGUCACUAGUGAUCCACACAAGACCGGAUAUGUUCCUUACCCAGCAGGAGGAUUGAGCUAUCGUAAUGGUACUAUGAAAGAGUUUGUGAGGCUUGCCGCACCAGAGGUUUUUCACAGCGCUGAUGAUCUCUCUGUUGGAGUAAAUGGCCUGGAAGGAUCAAAACCUGGUGCUGCAGGUGCAGGAGUACUACUUUCACAUCAGGUUAUUGGCUUGGAUAUGUAUGGAUAUGGUCGCAUACUGGGUCAGUGUGUCUACAGUUCAAAGAUAUAUUACUGCUUGUGGCUGCAUCUUUCAAAACCCACCGAUCCUUUUGUUAUUAAACCAUACACUCGAUGCAGCGAAGAAGACAAGAUCGCUAUUAAAAAUGAAAUAAUUGGAAAGACCGACAAGGAAAUCAGUAAGAACCCAGUUGCAAUGGAUUUGUUAAACCGAAAUGGACCGGAUUGCAUGAUCAACAAAUUUGCAGUAAAUUUCAAGAUAAUGCAAAGCGGCUCUUCUGAACUAGUUUUGAAUCCUGACGUUGACAUGUCAACAGAAUAUUCCAAAAAGAUUGGCAGAUUGCUUUCAGUAAAUGCUGGUAAAGACAACCAUAGAGUUCCAUUGGUAAUAUUCCAGUCUCUCAUGGAACCAGAAACAUUUGGCCCUGCUUUGGUAGAGUUUGAGAAAGAAGAACUUGGUCUUACACAGAACAAUGAAAGUCAAUUUGGGUGCAUGGUCAAUACUGUUAUGAACCCAUGGCAAGCAAGUGGAAACUUUGUUUGGGAAGCUGGUGAAAUUUAUCGUGAAUGUUGUCUUCUUGCUUAUGGAUGGCAAAACGAUCCUGUAUCUAGGCAUAAAUUUUACUGUGGAGAUUUGCAGCACAGCAUUGAAAACGGAUGGUUCUUUUAUGCAAACUAUGUUGGUCAAUUGAAUGUUGUUGGUCAUCAAUAUGAAUGCGUGACGAAAUUUGGCAUCAGUGACUCAGAUUAUGACAUAAUGAGACCAUACAUUGCCAACGGUGAUUUGUUUGUAAUAGACAAAGAUGCAAAUGAAAGAGUUCUGUAUCAGCUACUUUUAGAUGCUGAAGGAGGUUUGCCCUUCGAGCUGCAAACGGCUAACAAGGAGAUUGUGACACUCAGAGUGUUGGACAUGCCACGUGUUAAUCAUUUCCCAACACCCUCGGACCCAGAUCUUAAAUAUCCAGAUCAUCACGAGUAUUUCAUGUAUGGCGAAGAUGGGAAUAUUUACAUUUCUCACAUUAUCACCAAACAUCCAGAUUUUCAACAGGUGGUGAAGGUUGUCAACACUCCAAUGAGUGGUGAGAAAGAUGAUUGGCUGCUUUGGUAUGGCUUCCCAGUUACGUUCACUGAACUUCCAGUAGACCAGGCAAACACCUCAAAAAAUCCGCUGACCAAAACUGAUUUUACCUAUCAUAUCAAGUUCAUCGGUGAAAAACACAGAAGCCGCGAAAUGGAUAUCAUUUUGAAAGAUAACACGGGAUGGUUCGAUAAUACAAUUUUGAACGCAAGUGCUUAGAUAAAUAAACUUUUCUCUUUUAUUUCUUAUAUUAAAUUACCUUUAGAGUAAUGAGACAUUAGAUGUGCUGAAAUGGAUUCGCGUAAACUUUUUGUACUAGGGUAUUGGUAGCUUGAUAUAUUUACUACUUUAAUUUUGUAUCGGAAGAGAACAAUUAAAUGCAUUUGAGGAAACUUUA